CUCUGUAGAAUGUCAAACAAAGAUCAACACAUUGAUUCCAGCUGUUCGUCCUUCAUCAAGACGGAACCCUCCAGCCCAGCCUCCCUGACAGACAGCUUCAACCACCACAGACCUGGUGGCUCUUCAGACGCCAGUGGGAGCUACAGUUCAACCAUGAAUGGCCAUCAGAACAGACUUGAUUCACCACCUCUCUACCCUUCUGCUCCAAUCCUGGGAGGCAGUGGGCCUGUCAGGAAACUAUAUGAUGACUGCCCCAGUACCACAGUUGAGGAUCCUCAGACCAAGUGUGAAUACAUGCUCAACUUGAUGCCCAAGAGACUGUGUUUAGUGUGUGGUGACAUUGCCUCUGGGUGCCACUAUGGGGUCGCAUCCUGUGAAGCCUGCAAGGCAUUCUUCAAGAGGACAAUUCAAGGUAAUAUAGAGUACAGCUGCCCUGCCAUGAACGAAUGUGAAAUCACAAAGCGCAGAUGUAAAUCCUGCCAGGCUUGUCACUUUAUGAAGUGUCUAAAAGUGGGCAUGCUGAAAGAAGACCAGUGUAAAGAGCUUUUGGACAGUGGUUUUGUGCAUAUUCAUACCCCAGUAAUCACAUCCAAUGACUGUGAGGGAGCUGGAGAGCUUUUUCAAGUCGAGGUUAUAGCAGAUCAGCAUUUGUCUCCAGAGAGUCACUCCUCAUCUGCCUUAUCAGCUCUUGAGAACCUCUUGGUGUACUUGGCUGUGUGUCCACAUGAGUCUAUGACUGAGAGUCUCACAUCCUCGGGCCUCUGGCGGGACAACAAGUACCUCUCUGGGGACCAAGUCUUUAAACAUUGA